CAUUACAGAUGGCAGCACCAUCGAAAAUACACCGAUUCUCAUCUCGAGUUUUCGGGAAAUUUCGUCUUCUCUAUAAAUACGAAACCAGAACUGUUCUGCUUCAUGAUCUUUGAGAUAGCUAUACUUGAAAUCGUUUAAUAUUGCGAUCGGAAAGCGAUUCUCUUUAUCUGAAAGUUAUUUUCCCUCGCUACUUAUAAUACUGAAUUUCGUGUUGAAGAAUUGAUUGCGAAUUUAUUGCACUGCUUAUUUUCUAGUGACUGAACUGUAAAACUUACGGUUUCAUUGGGAAAGUGAUUGUUUGGAUCUGAGAAUUUUUGCUAUUGCAUUUUUAAUUAUUGGACAGAAGAACUGUUUUGAGAAUUUUGGACUGUAAAAAUGCCUGGUGUUAGUGCUCCAGCCAUUGGUAUCGAUUUGGGUACCACGUACUCCUGUGUAGGAGUAUUUCAACAUGGACAUGUCGAAAUAAUCGCCAACGAUCAAGGAAAUCGAACUACGCCUAGUUAUGUAGCUUUUACUGACACAGAGAGACUGAUUGGAGAUGCAGCUAAGUCCCAAGUAGCCCUGAAUCCAGAAAAUACAAUCUUUGAUGCUAAGAGACUUAUUGGAAGAAAAUAUGAUGAUCCUAAAAUACAACAAGAUUUGAAACAUUGGCCUUUCAAAGUUGUGAAUGAACAUGGUAAGCCAAAGAUUUGUGCUGAAGUAAAAGGUGAAAGAAAACUAUUUAAUCCUGAAGAAAUCAGUGCUAUGGUAUUGACUAAGAUGAAAGAAACUGCAGAGAUGUAUCUAGGCCAAAAAGUAACUGAUGCUGUAGUUACAGUUCCUGCUUAUUUUAAUGAUUCCCAGAGACAAGCUACAAAAGAUGCGGGAAAAAUUGCUGGAUUGAAUGUGUUGCGAAUAAUUAAUGAGCCAACUGCUGCUGCCUUAGCAUACGGUCUGGAUAAAAACCUUCGAGGUGAGAAAAAUGUACUUAUCUUUGAUUUGGGAGGAGGAACCUUUGAUGUAUCUAUUUUGACUAUAGAUGAAGGAUCUUUGUUUGAAGUACGAUCAACAGCCGGAGACACACAUCUUGGUGGAGAAGAUUUUGACAACAGAAUGGUCGCUCACUUUGUUGAAGAAUUUAAACGUAAACACCAUAAAGACCUCAGAUCCAGUCCUAGAGCUUUAAGACGACUUAGAACAGCUUGUGAGCGAGCAAAAAGAACUUUAUCAAGCAGUUCUGAGGCAAGUAUUGAAAUCGAUGCUCUGUUUGAGGGAGUAGAUUUCUAUUCAAAGAUAUCUAGAGCGAGGUUUGAAGAAUUGUGCAUGGAUUUGUUCAGAUCUACAAUGGAGCCUGUAGAACGAGCCCUGAAAGAUGCCAAAUUAGACAAAAGCAGCAUUCAUGAUGUUGUGCUAGUCGGUGGAUCAACUCGCAUUCCAAAGAUUCAGAAGUUACUGAAAGAUUUCUUUAAUGGUAAAGAACUGUGCUUGUCAAUUAAUCCUGAUGAAGCUGUAGCCUACGGAGCAGCUGUUCAAGCUGCGGUACUCACUGGUAAUACGGACGACAAGAUCAAAGAUGUUCUCUUAGUCGAUGUUGCACCAUUGUCUCUGGGAAUUGAAACAGCCGGUGGAGUCAUGACAAAAAUAAUUGAGAGAAACUCUCGCAUUCCUUGCAAGACUUCACAAGUGUUUACGACCUAUUCCGAUAACCAGCCUGGUGUUGAUAUUCAAGUGUACGAAGGUGAAAGAGCCAUGACCAAAGACAAUCACCUUCUUGGACGAUUUCAACUAUCUGGAAUUCCACCAGCACCAAGAGGAGUACCACAGAUAGAAGUAACAUUUGACAUGGAUGCUAACGGAAUCCUAAAUGUAUCAGCACAGGACAAAAGUACCGGGAAAUCGCAAAGCAUCCGAAUCACUAAUGAUAAAGGAAGGCUAUCAAAGGAAGAAAUCGAAAGGAUGUUGAAUGAAGCCAAGCAAUAUGAGAAAGAAGAUGCAGAACAACGAGAGAAAGUGGCUUCCAGAAAUGCCUUGGAGAGUUAUGUUUAUUCUGUCAAGCAAGCAUCAGAAUCUGUAUCUGAUGACAAGUUGUCACCUGCUGACAAAGCAAAAAUUAAAGAAAAAUGUGACUCUGUUAUUCAGUGGUUGGAUUGUAACACAUUAGCUGAAAAAGAUGAGAUAGAGCACAAAUUGAAAGAAAUUCAAUCUGACCUGUCCCCGUUGAUGACCAAAUUGCAUCAAGGUGGAAACGCUUUCAAUCCUGGUCAACAAUCAGGUAAUUCAGCUAGUAAUGGUCCAACAAUUGAAGAAGUUGACUGAUUUUUUUUUUGUAAGAACUGUUUAAAGUAUUAAUUUAAUUAGUUGUAAAUAAUCAUUUAGCACUGGAAAAGAAUCACUAAUCAUGUUAAUUGUUUGCAAUUAAGAUGUAAUUUGUAUAUUGUAAAAUAAAUUAAUUUUUUGUGAAA